AUGGAGUCGGUUCCAUUAGCUGCCUUAAACGGCGACUUUCCGUACCGUCGCUCGCAAGCGGUCGAAUCUGGUUAUACCGAGAACGGAUGGGUUGGCGUCGACGGUAGUGGCAAAGGAGGGAAGGCCUCUCAUGGCAAGCGCCAUGCGAUUCGCUCGUCCGCGCCUUACGCGAGACCUACUUCCGGACGGCACGCUGCUGCUGGCUACGCAGCAGCAGCGAUUCGAACUGCCACGUCGGCAGCGGGAUCUCCGGGGGAAUCUCAAGGCCGCGCAGACGCGUUGCAAGAAGCGCCGGGGAGGAUUGGUGAAAGGAGGGAUGAACCGAAGCAAGACGGAGUGGGAAGCGCGGGAAGCGGCUGGUUUGGCUCGUGGCGGAAUUCGAUUGGAUCGCUCGUCCGAUGGCCUUGGAGCUCUCGAGACGGUAACCGGCGUAACGCGAAAGGCGAGCAGCAAGGCGUGUCGGACAAGCGACCGUCGGAGGGCGCAACCAGCGGCGAGCCGGCGGAGGGAGCGAAUGCUGGUGGUGCUGCUGGUGCUGCUGGUGAUCCUCGGGAUCGACUGGCGGGAGGAAGGAACGGGAAGCAAGGGAACGAAGGCGCAGUGUUGACGGAGGUUGAGCAGCUGCUGAGACGAGGGACGCCGCUUUCGCUGCGCGAGUUUCAGCGGCUGAAUGAGCUGCUACGUCAGCACGUUACGCCUCGGGUUACACCUCAAGUUACGCCGCGGGUUACACCUGAUGACAUCUCUGGGGGCGCUGAUGGCGAUGGAAUGAACGUGUCGCCUGUGGACGUGGCGAGGGCGUUCAUGCGACCCAGUAUGGCCGCCUUUCCUGCAACUAAAACCCCACCUGCUGCACCAGUAGCAGCAGAAGCGGCUGAGAAGGGAGUGAGCCUCCGAGCCUGGACGCCGUACCAAACCCAGCUGACGCCAGCAACCAAGACUUCAGAGAUGUUUUGUUUGUUGAAAGCAAUGAUUAGCAGUUAUCUUAUUCCGCUGUCCCACUGCCCCUCUGUUCCUCUUUUCCUUUGUCCCUCUGUCCCUCUGUUGCCGUUGGCAGUCUCGCAAGCGCAGCAAUGCACAACUGCAUGA